CACCACCAAAACUUCAUUCCUCUCUCUGUAUCGCUGUUUCUUUCCCUCGUUCAUUUCUUCUCCAAAGCUUCAAUUUUUUUACUUGCAGCUGCCAAAAAAGGAAUUUUUUUUGUGGGUAUCUGUCAGGUGGACAGGGACUAGAUCGGAGGUUAAACCUGCAGAAUUCAACAUAGUGGAGGCUCAGUUGAGACAUUUUCUGUGAAUUAGCAAGGAUCCUUCUAUAAUAUUUGACCAGGAGGUGCUUACAAUGGGAAGCAGUGAGGAAGAGAAAUCUACCAAGUCUGAAAAGCCGCCUUCACCUGUAACAGUGGAUCAGGCCAACCAUACCAACCAGACCAAUGUUCAUGUCUAUCCUGAUUGGGCAGCCAUGCAGGCAUAUUAUGGGCCAAGAGUUCCUAUGCCACAAUACUACAACUCAGCUGUGGCUUCUGGUCACCCUCCUCACCCCUACAUGUGGGGGCCACCACAGCAUAUGAUGCCACCUUAUGGGCCUCCUUAUGCAGCAAUUUAUCCACACGGUGGAGUUUAUAGUCACCCCGGAGUUCCUGUUGGCCCACAUGCACAUAGCCAAGGAAUUCCGUCUUCACCUGCUACCGGGACUCCUCUAAGCAUAGAGACACCUCCCAAAUCAUCUGGAAAUAAUGAGAAGGGCUUGAUGAAGAAAUUGAAAGGGUUUGAUGGACUUGCUAUGUCAAUAGGCAAUGGCCAUGCUGAGAGUGCGGAGCGUGGAGCUGAAAACAUGCUAUCACUGAGUGGAGAUACUGAGGGCUCCAGUGAUGGAAGUGAUGGCAAUACUGCUGGGGCUAAUCAAACAAGAAGGAAAAGAAGCCGUGAGGGAACACCAACCACUGAUGGAGAAGGGAAAACUGAGAUACAAGGUAGUCCAGAUUCCAAAGAAACUCGAGCUUCGAGUAAGAUGGUGCCAGUUGCAGGACAAUUAGUCGGAUCUGUAUUGGAGCUGAGAAACCCUUCCAAUAUUCCUUCUAAAACAAAUCCCACAAGUGCUCCACAACCUUGUGCGGUAUUGCCUGCAGAACCUUGGCUACAGAAUGAUCGUGAGCUGAAGCGUGAGAGGAGGAAACAAUCAAAUCGAGAAUCUGCUAGGAGGUCCAGACUAAGGAAGCAGGCUGAGGCUGAAGAACUGGCACGAAAAGUUGAAUCCUUGAAUGCUGAAAAUGUGACCCUGAAAUCAGAAAUAAAUCGACUGGCUGAAAGUUCUGAAAAAGUUAAGGUGGAAAAUGCCACGUUAAAGGAAAAACUUAGAAAUGCUCAACUGGGACAAUCAGAAGAGAUAAUUUUGAAUGGCAUUGACAGCGAGAGGGCUACACCUGUAAGUACAGAAAACUUGUUAUCAAGAGUUAAUAAUUCCAGUUCUAACGAUAGAACUGUGGAGGAUGAGAAUGGUUUUCGUGACAACAAAUCAAACUCUGGCUCAAACUCUGGCGGCGGUGCGAAGCUGCAUCAAUUACUGGAUGCGAGUCCCCGAGCUGAUGCUGUGGCGGCUGGUUAAUGCAAAACCAGCGAUUGCCGCGGCUGAUCAUGUAGUUUUGGCAUAUUACAAGCCCAAAAUUACUGCUAACAGUUGUCUGAGGGAUGGAUCAGCUGAAUUUUAGUAUCUAAAUCCAUCAAAUCCAGAACUAAUUCAUUGCUUGUCAGUUAUUACUUAGGACAAGAACUCUUAUUUUAUUAGAUUUGACGAAAUAUGGAUAUGAUUACUAAAGUUUGUAAAAUGAAGAGGAUUAUAGAUUUUAGUUUAGACUUUAGAGAGGGUUGUUGAACCCUUAUAUAAUUGGAUGUGUGCUAUUGACUAUUUUGGUGUGGACCUUGUAAUGUUAGUAUCUGAUAAAGUCAUUCUGGCUUUUCGUGUGUUUGGAAA